AUGGUGAACAGUCAGUCGUUGGAGGUCAGCAAAUCGUUAGAGGCGAAGGUCGCCAAGGUCGAGGGGGACCUCAGAAUGUAUCAGACACUGCCUGGCAACUGGGAUGUUCAUAAAGGAUGUCCUGCCAGAAAAUCUUCUGCUGAUCGAGAACAGUUUGCAUGGGCUGUUCCUCUGAAAAUCAAAGAGGCCGCAGUCAGGUCAGCAAUACGAAUCCUCCAAGCCAAGCAACCCGUUACUACAACCACCACGACUGCUUCUGCUGUAGCUACUGCAGCCGCGGCUGUUACGUCUGCUACAUCUAUGGCUUACUGCAGUAAUGUCUCAGUGAUCUCAACUCAACUGUCACUAGCUACAACAUCAUCGUCGUCGUCGUCAUCAUCUUCGUCGUUGUCGUCGUCAUCACUGCCUACAGGUGUAAGAACUUUUGUAAGGUCGGUUGAUAGGAACUUGCUUGACAGGGAGAGCUGUGAUAUGUUUUCUCUGCUUAUGGACUUGUAA